GUGAGAAAUGCCUAUCAGUAACUUAAACCCCAGAAACUCCACCUUCUGAGUGAGGAGGCUGUGGGUUGAUGGAAAUGUAGUGAACAGAUUGAGACAGACAGUGAAUCAUUAGCAAACUGCAACGCCAGGAUGAACUUGUCUGGAACCUAAAAGGAGAAAGAAAGGGGGGACAGAGAGAGAGAGAGAGGAAAAGGACAAAACAAAUCAAAAAAGCAGCUCGCCUCUAUCGUUUCCUGGGGUUUUUUUUUGUUCCAUAAAAGCCAAAGUGGAUCUAAAAGCUGGUGGAUCGCCAGUUCAAGAUGCUCCUGGUUUCCCAGCGGGUAGAAGCACCACGCAUGGAGCCCCAUAUUCCGUCACAGGGAUCCAUUAAGAGGAAGUUGGAAGGUGACAGCUCUCCGGCCGCUAGCGUGGGACCCGAAGGGAUUUACGCUAAUGACGUCAAGAGGCCGUGUCUUGACGACGUGACUCUUUCUCUGGGACAGGGUACCAAUGCCAGCAUCUCCUGUCCCGAGAUGCAGAACUCUCCGUUCUCAAUGAAUCACAGCACCCCACCUCUGGGGGUCGCUGCCCAUCCCGUGCUACUGGAAAACAGCCACAUGAACGGCAGCGGCAUCGGUUCUCCCUUUUCGGUACCGCCCAAUCCGGAAAUAGGACAGAAAGGGUCCAUGGGAGGGCAGAACAACAUGAUUCAUUAUGACGAAAAAGUCAACAACCUGCAGUCGAUGGACCAGGAGCUGCAGGAUCUGCUGGAGGAGCUGACCAAAAUGCCCGACCCUUCUCCUAACGAGCUGGACCUCGAGAAGAUCCUGGGGAGCAAGCCGGAGGAGCCGCUCGCCAUGGGCCACCCGCAGCCGGCCUUGAGCACCACCCCCAAGCCUUCUCCCCAGACGUCUCAUUUGGAGAACCACAUUUCCGCCAAGGAGUUUUCUCCCGGCUGCAAUCCGACCAGUGGCGGGUCACCUCAGAUGCGACCGUCCUCUGCCGGGGCCAGUUAUCCAGUUCCGCCUCCCAACAAACCUACCGCCUCGCCCAUUUCUUCCACCGCCCAGGGCAAGAAUCCAUCCCAGCCUCUGCUUCCAGUCUCCUUGCCCACCCUCCCGGGGCCUCACUGGCAUCACGCGCACCAGCUGAAGGCCCUGGCGGCCAGCAAACAAGUGUCCUCUGCGAAACAACCAGUGGCGGCGGGGAGCUGGUCGACGAUGUCGCCUCCAGGCCUCUCGCCACCGUAUAGGCAAGGGUCCUCCCCCCACCACCAGCCUUUCAGCCCUCAGAACGUCCUGGUGUCCGGCAUGGCCGCCAACAGUUUGCCGGGGAACAACAUCCAGAGCCCUCCCAACUCCCUGCUCUCCAGCAUGGCCUCGAGCGGCAACCCAACGAGCGGGCCUUCUCCGCCGUACGGCUCCGAGAAACUUUCCAGUCCGGCUCUCAAUCAGCAGCAGUUCAGCCCUCAGAAUCCCAUGCUGGCAACCAUGGCCCCCGCAGCCAUCACUGCGAAUAACAUUAAGAGCCCACAGAGCAACUUGGUGUCCAACAUGGCGGCCACCAAUACUGGGCCUUCCCCUCCCUACAGACCGGAAAAGCUGUCGAGCCCCGCCCUCCACCAGCAACCCUUCAGCCCUCAGAACGCAUUAAUCCCCGCUAUCACCCCGGCCAGUAACUCGACGAGCAUGCAGAGUUCGCUCUAUAAAUCCAUGACGACAAAUCAGCCCAAAAGCCUGAACGUGAUUUUGCAGCAGUCGCCCAACGGCUUGCAGUCCAGCCUGGUGAAUGAGAGCGCCGUGGCCCAAGAGCAGUUUUCCUUUAGUAACACCAAGCCCCUGUCCCACUUUGCUUCUGAGUCCGCUCCUCAGAAGAUGCCCUCUAUGCCGGCAGGGACAGGGCAGCCGUCCCUGCUGCACUACUUACAGCAACCGCAGCAGGCCUCGUCCGGCCAGCAGGCCCAGCAGUCUCCCAGCAAUACACAGUUUUUGCUACAACGGAUAAUGCUGCCCCGACAACAGAUACAGAGGCAAAUGCAGCCUGCCGCUUUGUCUUCUCAGCCUAGGCAGGAGUCAAAUCCUGGAAUUGUUGCCAGGCUCCAAGAACCUGGCACCCUACCAAGUGCAGGCAGCUCGGCCCCAGCUCCGGCUCCCGCUCCAGCCACAGUCAAUGGCUGUAUGAGGAACCAUUUAUUGAAGCAACAGAUUCUGCGGCGACAGCACAUUAUGCAGCAGGAGAAGCAGAGACCGAAUAUCAUGGCGGUGACGUCGGAUCAACGGACUUCAUUCGUACCUCAGCAGAUGAGUCAGUUUCAAACAGUUCCACAACCUAUGCCUUCCGACUGCGGCCAGCCCAUGCCCACUCCUCCGCCUAAUCACCGCAUGAUGUCAUCCACCUCCGGCAUCCUUCAGAACACUCUGGGGUCGGGGAUCAUCCCGACCACCGUCAACCAGAACAGUGGGACCAUGGUCAUGAUCCCCCAUAACCCGGCGAAGCACCCGGGGAUGUUUCCGCCCAGCCCUGAUUUUAACAUCUCCCUGCGCCCAAGCCAGACGUCUCUGGGCCUGGGUUCGGGUUGCCAGACGGCUCACAGUCACUCCACGGCGCGCGCUGGGAUGGCUCUCCCCGCGUUUAGUUCCAGCCCCCUGGCCAACCAUUCGGCGAGCCCCCUCCACAUCAGACAGCCCAGUAUGCCAAGAAUUCCCAACGUCUACACCAACUCCUCCUCCCAGCUGUGGACACCGACGGGGGUCUCUCGGAUGCCCAGUCAGAGCCAGGUGGAUACCAGCAUGCAGCAGUUCUCCAACAGCCCUGUCUUCUCCAAACAAAACGUGAGGCCCAAUCUUCCAGGGCAGCAGUUCUCCCAUCAGGCGGUGGUGCCCCCAAAUCAGAUUGCGCCCGGAGUGCAGGUCAGGCAGAUCCCCAAACUGAACAUCACCCAGCCCAGCCAAAGCCUCAGCCCGCUGAAUAGCCAGAAUUUAAGACACAACCUCACCAGAGGCCCGAUGCCGGCCAUGAGUGUUAUGAAAUCCAUGCCGCAGAGCGUGUCCAGUUUCAAUCAGAUCGGUUCCGCGCCGGGCAUCGGGCCACCGAGUUAUCCAUCCACAGGCCAGCCCUCUGGGACUUUCGGGAGAAUGAGUUCCUCGGCGGAACUGCCGCAAUACGAUUUUGUCCCCCAGCAGAACAAUUCCAUCCUGCCGGCGAACUGCAGCGAGACUGACUUCAUUGAUUCUCUCAUGAAAAACAGCAGCAGCACGGAUGAAGACUGGUUGAACAAUUUGACAAUGAUAGAUGACAUUUUGGGACAACAUGCUCCAAGUUCUGGACAUGUCUAGCUCCCAGUGGCCUAGAUUUGUACAUACCUUACGUCUCACUUCAAACCGCCCAUGACCACCAAAAACCAACCAUAUAUUAGGAAGAAAAAAGAAAAAAGAAAAAAACAAAAAGCCAGCCUCUUUCAGUCCCGAUUGAGAGGACGCAGCCAAUUCUUUGCCUGUGACAAAGCUGAAUAUUGGCAGUUUUUCAAACAACUGUAUAUACUUGAACAUUUUGUAAAUUAUGUUUUCGUAAACAUUAAAUAUAGAAGUAUUUAUACUUCUUUCGUGACUGUUUGUAAAUACAUCUAUAGCUUAAUUUUUGUUUUAUUAUAGGAGUCUCAUUUACUAUCUCUUGUUCCAAAUAUGCAAAUAAUUUUGUUAGUUUGGUAAUACUGUGUAUUACAGCCUGAAAUACUUAUGUUUUUGACAUAAUCCAAAACAUGAACUAGAGGUGUCUAGCAAACCGACCACAUCACCAGGGCAGAGAGAAUGAAAACACCAUUUGGCCAUGAGUUUCCAUUUUCAGAAAAUACUCCUUCCCCACUUUUUUUUAAAUCUUGGUCCCAACGUUUUCAGCCAUCACUAACUCUUGAUGGGUGGUUAGAUUUAAGUAUCAGACACAUCUGGUAAAUGCUUUUAGGCUAAAUGUACACUCCUGAUAAAAAACAGAGAGACAGACUGGUAGCGUUGUUUAAAGGGAGGAUAGCAGCUGCAAGACGAGAGAUCGAGGAAGCUGAACUUGGAGGGAACGGGAAAGUAUUCUGUCGCUCUGAAGACAAAAUCUGUCUGGUUUGCACACCUCUACAGUGUAUAUUUGUAGUGUACAGGUGAUUUGUUCCUGGACUUAAAGCUUUUCACAAUCUGUUUUAAUGUGAGACUUUUUGGUUCAGGAAAAAAGUCUAAAACAUUAAUAGUUCAUCUUUGGUUCGUCUGAUGUUUUCUGUCUGCAACUAUUGUCAUAUGUAUAUUUAAGAGUCUGUUUAUAAAAGAUCCACUGUACUGUAAAUUCUUAAAAUGUUCAUACUUUGUGUAAUCAUAUUUUAAUAGUCACAUCAUACUUCUGCUAUACAUUUGUAAUAUAAUGUCAGCUUCAAGCACAGAAUGUUUUUUCUUCAUACCAUAAUAAACUGCCAGGGGAAAAUUGCA